GUCGGGCUCCGCUCGCACAGCCGGUUCCUCUUUACAUAACGGCGCGGGGCGGCAUGGGCUCGGGCCACCGCCUCCGCCCGGCCGCCCGCCCGGACUGUCGCGGCCCGCGGUGGAGACGGCGGCCUCAGCAAAGUUUCCCCGGUGGCGGCCCGGAGGCGCAUCCUCCCGCAGCUGUCAAGCGCUGGCGGCGGAAAUGAUGAGGCGCUGGCCAUUUUCCGAGCCCGGGUUUCCUGCCUGAGCCCCGCUCGAGCGAGCCGCGAGCCAGGAGCCGGCGCGCGGGAGAGAACGCGCCCGGGGCGGGGGCCCUCCCACCCCCUCGGGAUAUCGGGGGGCCGGGGGCGCGCGACGCCAUGGGCCGGCCGGGCCCGGACCCCCUCUCUUUCAGCCCGGCCGCUCUACCUUGGUCUCCACCAUGAACGGGCCCACCUUGCAGUCCUCCUCGGCCUCCUCCGCAUCCUCGGCGGCGACGGCCCCAUCCCCGCGAGGCUGGAGCGAGUUCUGCGAGCUGCACGCGGUGGCCGCAGCCCGGGAGCUGGCCCGACAGUACUGGCUUUUCGCCCGCGAGCACCCGCACCACGCGCCGCUGCGCGCCGAGCUCGUGUCGCUGCAGUUCACCGACCUCUUCCAGCGCUACUUCUGCCGCGAGGUGCGCGAGGGCCGGGCGCCCGGGCUGUCGGGCGCCCGGGCCGCCGCCCCCGCGCGCGACUACCGUGAGACUGGCCGCGGGCCCCCGGCCAAGGCCGAGGCGUCCCCAGCCGAGCCGGUCCCCGCCUCCCCCGCCCCCGCCCCAAGCCUGCCCAAGGCCCGCAGCUCGGAGGAGCUGGCCCCGCCGCGGCCGGCCGCCGCCUGCUCCUUCCAGCACCUGCGCCACAGUCUCCGCCACAUCUUCCGUCACCGCUCGGCCGGGGAGCUGCCCGCGGCCCCCAGUGCGGCCGCGGGGGAGGCAGGCGAGGCCCCGGCCAGGCCCGGCCUGGCCAGGAAGCUCCUGCCCUGGAGUCUAGCCCGGGAGCCGCCACCCGAGGCCCUCAAGGAGGCGACGCUGCGGUACAGCCUGGCCGACGAGGCCUCCAUGGACAGCGGGGCGCGCUGGCAAAGGGGGCGGCUGGCGCUGUGGCGCAUGGGCCCCGACAGCGCGGACCGCCUGCUGGAGCUCUUCGACCCGCCCAAGAGUUCAAAGCCCAAGCUACAAGCAGCCUGCUCCAGCAUCCAGGAGAUUCGGCGAUGCACACGUCUCGAGAUGCCUGACAACCUCUACACCUUUGUGCUGAAGGUGAAGGAUCGGACAGACAUCAUCUUUGAGGUGGGAGAUGAGCAGCAGCUGAACUCAUGGAUGGCUGAGCUCCGGGAGUGCGCAGGCCAAGGCAGACUCAGCACAGACUCAGAGAUGCAUAUUCCCUCAGCCUUAGAGCCCGGCACAUCUAACUCUCCAAGGGGAAGCACAGAUUCCUUGAACCAAGGUGAGGGGUCAGGGCCUUUGUCCUCUGCUAUGUCGGAACUCAGCCCAGGACAUGAGGCAUACACGAAGAAUCACCCAUCCCCUCCUCUGUCAGGUGCUUCUCCUGGGGGGCUGCUGGACCCAGCCUGCCAGAAAACAGAUCACUUCCUGUCCUGCUACCCCUGGUUCCAUGGCCCCAUCUCCCGAGUGAAGGCAGCUCAGCUGGUUCAGCUGCAGGGUCCUGACGCUCACGGAGUGUUCCUGGUACGGCAGAGUGAGACUCGGCGUGGGGAGUACGUGCUCACGUUCAACUUCCAGGGCAUAGCUAAGCACCUGCGCCUCUCACUGACUGAGCGGGGCCAGUGUCGCGUGCAACACCUCCACUUCCCCUCGGUUGUGGACAUGCUCGACCACUUCAAGCGCUCACCCAUCCCACUCGAGUGCGGGGCUGCCUGUGACGUCCGGCUGUCCGGCUAUGUGGUAGUCGUCUCCCAGCCGCCAGGUGUGACCCUAAUGCCCCUUGAUAAAGGGGGUGGUGGCACUGGGAACCGAGACCUCGUGUUGUGUCCUUCCAACACUUGCCUCCACCCCGUUAAGACUGACAGUGUGGUCUCUCUCUUGGUCACUUGUCCCCCAGGUUCCUCCAACACUGUCCUGUUCCCUUUCUCCCUCUCUCGCUGGGAUUCAGAGCUGGGCCUUCCCCACCUUAGCGCUUCUGGCUGUCCACGGGGGCUCGGCCCAGAGGGUCUCCCAGGCCGGUCCUCUCCCCCAGAGCAGAUCUUCCACCUGGUGCCUUCGCCUGAGGAACUGGCCAACAGCCUGCGGCACCUGGAGCCCGAGCCCACCAGUCGAGCCCGGGACUCGGACUAUGAAAUGGACUCCUCCUCCCGGAGCCACCUGCGGGCCAUAGACAAUCAGUACACGCCUCUCUGACAGGCCUCCCAGAGGCCCCCGAGAAGCACAAGCAAGCAGAGAUGUGAACUUCUGAAUGUAUAACCUUCUUUCCUUCCUUCCAGAGAGAGAUUUAAGGGACACUGUUAAUUAACUCUUCAUUCCAGUUUGGAUGUGACCCUUCAAUUAGGCCUGUUAAAGGGCCUCCUAGAAGUUCCAUUCUCACCUGGCUUUCUCCUUAUUGUUUACAGAUGUAGUUCUUGUUCGUGGAUGUCGCCAGCUCCUGCCCUGGGUCCCUAGGACCAGGCCCCAUCACUCUUAGAGGGGGCGGUGGGGUGAAGGCUGGAGUUGGCAGUGGAAACUGUUUUUCACUGACACUGUCCCAGCUGGCAGACUUUCUACUUGGGGAGGGGGGAGGGGGCCCAUCAGGAAGCCCAAAACACUAACAAGCCCUGGAUUCUCCUGUGGUUUUUCCCGUUAUAGCUUCAGUCCACGUGGCGGGUCUGCUGUACCCAAGCCACAGGUGGCCACACCUAUCCUGCUUCGACUCUCAACUUUAGGACAAAGUUCUGGCAGAUGGACAAGCUAAAGGUCAAAAAUGAUUUUAAACAUUUUUACCUCAGAUUAAUUUUUCAAAGGAUUCAGGUUUCAAAAUUAAACCACUGCUUAUUUCAUUGCACUGUUUGAACUAAUACCCAUGCGAUUUUUGUAGUCAGAGACAGCUAUGCAAAUCCUACUUGACCAGUUCCUGGUUCGAGCCAGCAUGCCUGGCUUCCUUGUCUAUUGCAUCCUCAGGACAGUCACCUGUUGCUGAGGAGCCACUGUCCUUCCUAAAUGUAGAGAAGUGAAGUGUGUCACCCUUUCAGGGAAAUUCAGGCAAUUAAUUACUGAAAUAGGAGGGUGGCAAGGAACAAUUCCACCCUGGUGCCUUAUGAAUAAAAAACUGGAUUCUGGUUUA